CGCCCGACUCGUUCAGCGCUGGAGUCAUUUUAAAAUCAGCUUCUAAAGCCGUCAACGCCGACAACGGGGACGGAUUUCAUGUAGGUGACAGGUAAAAGAAAGCGGUUUAUUUUUAUGUAUAAAAGUGGUCCUUAAGAUACCUUUAGUUCACAUUUUAAGUUGCGAAACGGUGAUUUAGUCCCCAUACCAACCGGCAUGCAGAUAUGGGGAUCUAAAUCACUGCAAACCGCAAUGAUCCAAAUGGUCGCGUUCCAGAAAAACCCACAGGCAAGUUGAUUUAAAUGGCCAUUAAUUUACAGGUAUUAAACAUUAAAUUCCUUCCAUUUGGCCUAUAAAUCCAUGACAAUGAGAUUUAAAAAUUAUGUUAUAUUGUGAAUUAUUGUGUGAAUGUUAUUUGGACACUUAGGCUAUUUAAAAAUGUUAAUCUAUUCUUAAGAAAUUAAUAGAUGUUCAGAUCUAGUAAUUAAAUUUUGUAAUUAGCUACAAUUAGGUAACUAACUAACUAUAUGCUUUAAUUUCAAGUCAUCUAAGUAAGAUUGUUUCAUAUUUGUUUCAGAAUGCUUCAAUCUAUAAUAACUGAAAAUUUAUUUUAGUUCUCUUAAUUUUUAAGAAAGUUAUAGCCAUUUGACUGUCGUCGAUCACAACUUUUGUGUUAAGUCAAUGGAAAAGCAAUAGAGAACAAGAUGCUAAUUUCCAAGUAUGAAAAUGGCCAUAACUUUUUUAAUACUGAAGAUAUGAAAGUGAAUUAGGUGACAAAUUAAACUUCUUUUUAUGCUUUAUCUGAUGGGAUAAAUUACAGUCUUGAUUUUUAAAAUCUCAAAAUUUUGUAACAUUGCUACAUGUUCCAGCUACACUAGUCAUGUUCCAGCUACACUAGUCAUGUCCUAGCUCCACUAGUCAUGUUCCAGCUCCACUAGUCAUCUAUUUGCACAUAAUCAACUCCCACAUAUCACAGAACCAGAAUCAUCGCAGCCCACUGCAGUCGUAUGAUUGUAAUAUUCUCCUUCCAGCUACAGCGGCGCUGCCGAGCAUCUUUUCGGUUGCAGUGUCCUCCUUUCAGCAGUGGCAGGCGCUGCCGAGCAGUUACUGUGACGAGGCUGACACCGCAUUGCUGCGUCGUUGUCCUCUCGGCGGCGGCGGCGCUGCCGAGCAGAACAGCUCUACCGCUCCUUGCUGCGACAGCGCACGGCUGCAACCGGUGUCAUCCCGGCGGCGGCGGCGCUGCCGAGCAGUUCCUCCGCUCCUUGCUGCGAUAGCGCACGGCUACAGCGUUGUCCUCCAGGCGAUGGCGGCGCUGCCGAGCAGCUGCUCCACGACCCCGCGGUGAAUUGUGGGCCGGGCCGCGGUGCCCGGAUGCGUUUGAUUGUGAGCUCGCCCCGUGUCGUAAUCGUUGAGGGGGUAAAGCGUUCACCGCCGUCGUGAUGGAAACACUCGCGAAAUGAAUAAUGACCAUAGUUGAUAAAGUGACUGAGGCCUCGAACACAGCAGCUUGCAAGAACCAGAUCUGCAGCUCUGUGGCACCUUUCUCUGGAAUCGCCAAAGAGAAGAAUAUGGAGCCAGGAACAGCAAGUUGGGGUGCAACAUCUCCUAUUACUGAGGUACCCAAGAACAAAAUCUUAGGACCUAUGCCUGGAGCUGCUUUAUACACCAAUGCAAUGUCUCUACAAGAGAAAUCAAAGCAACCAGUGCAAAAAGAUCAAAAUGUGCUGGGCAGUGGCGAUGGGAUAGCACCCCCACAGAAAGUAUUGUUUCCAGCAGAGAAGAUUUUGUUGAAAUGGCAGCAAAUCCAUAAAAUUGGAGCUGGCCUCCAAAACCUGGGCAACACCUGUUUCCUAAAUUCUGCUCUGCAGUGCUUGACCUACACGCCGCCACUUGCAAACUACAUGCUGUCCCGAGAACAUUCCAGAACAUGUAACGAACAGGGUUUCUGUAUGAUGUGCAUGAUGCAGAACCAUAUUACCCAGGUCUUUUCCAAUUCUGGAAAUGUUAUCAAGCCUAUGUCCGUCAUUAAUGAUCUCAGACGAAUAGCUAAACAUUUUCGAUUUGGAAACCAGGAAGAUGCACAUGAAUUCCUCCGUUACACAGUGGAUGCUCUCCAGAAAGCAUGCCUAAAUGGAAGCAACAAAUUGGACAGACAAACACAGGCCACUACAAUGAUAUAUCAAAUUUUUGGAGGUUACUUAAGGUCGAGAGUUAAAUGCUUAAACUGCAAAGGAGUUUCUGACACAUAUGACCCAUAUUUGGAUAUUGCUCUGGAAAUAAAGGCAGCACCAAACAUCACAAAAGCUCUGGAGCAGUUUGUGAAGCCUGAGCAGCUUGAUGGAGAAAAUGCCUACAAAUGUACCAAGUGUAAGAAAAUGGUGCCUGCCUCAAAGAGAUUCACCGUCCAUCGAGCAUCAAAUGUGUUGACGCUCUCUCUAAAACGCUUUGCUAACUUUACAGGUGGAAAGAUCACAAAGGAAGUACGGUAUUCUGAGUAUCUGGACGUUCGGCCCUAUAUGUCCCAGUCAAAUGGAGAGCCAGUUGUGUAUGCCUUGUAUGCAGUAUUGGUACAUUCAGGCUUCAGCUGUCAUGCUGGCCAUUACUACUGCUACAUCAAGGCAAGUAAUGGACAAUGGUACCAGAUGAACGAUUCUCUUGUAUCCACAAGUGACAUCCGAUCAGUGCUGAAUCAACAAGCUUAUGUGCUGUUUUACAUCAGAUCGCAUGACACAAAAAAUGGGACAAAGCAUUCGAAUCACAUGGGCCAGUCAUCUCCAAGGCCGCCUGUCAAUCAGAGGUUGACCAACAACCAAGCUCUCACUGGAUUUAUUGGACCACAACUCUCCCCACAAAUGACCAAGAAAUCAAAUCACUUAACGAAUGGGAACUGCACUGUGAAAGAUAUUCACAGUAACGCAGCAGCCGGCACGAGUGGCAGCAGGACAAUUUCUACACCUCCUGGGCCCUCUCCGGGUCGGUUACUGCCCAGGCCCACCACCUUGCCCGAAUCGUCCAAACGGCAAAAGCUUUCCUUCAGUAUACAACCUUCCAAGCCAGGGACGAGACAGGCCCAGCCCCCGACCAAGCUCCACAGUAGUCCGUUGGAUAACCUUUACAAGGCUCCGUCAACAGCUUCCCAUACCAGUGUUUCACCUUCUACCUCGGGAACCUCAGCUGCUGCAACCCCACCCUCCAUUCCACCUGCUGCUACCGUCGUUGCCACUCAAUCUGUGGAGUCCAACGCUGCCUCUUCUCACUUAAUGGUGAACGGUCAGCCCAAGGGACCUGCCAGUUCUUUAGUUCCGUAUAACGAGGAAUCCUCGGAGGAAUCUGAUGAAGAGCCCAAGGGCUUGAUUAAGGAGAAUGGCUAUGCAAAGUCCCUGAAUAGAGCAGUUAAUGGAACUGGACCCAGCACGUAUCUCAAAAUGAAUUCCAUGUCUGCAGCCACCAGUGAUGACUCUUGCCCAAAAAUGCCGUCUGAGAUGGAUGCCACUGAUGCACUUAGGGGCACAAGGGAUCAUGGCAGGCAUCAGGCAUCUGAACCCAUUGUUCCUCAGAUGCUGUCUGCAGAUUGCCCUGCAAAUGGUUUAUCUGCAAAGGAAUCACCAUCCGCUGUUGAAGUCUGUCCUUCUGUCCAGAACCCAAACAUAGAAAACAUAAUGUUCAACUCUACAGGCAGAAAAAAUGGCUAUGAAGAAGCCAGGGGAAAUGAACACCACUUGGUUCUCCUAUCAAAAAGCAGUUCUGCAAUAAAUCACAGUGGUGGUGGUGGUGAUGCAGACACAGUCCAAACGUGUUUGACGAAGAAAGAAUCGAGCUUGAGUUCCACGUUGCAGGAAGCAGCUGAUGGAAUGUCUACAUUAUCCCCAGUUGAUCCCUGUAAAGGUAACGGCGAUUUUCAGAGAAAGGCUGAUGACUGCUGUGUUCCCAGCAGUAUCCCCAUCAAACGGAGUCCUGUUCACAAUGCACAAACCAUCCAGGAGAAAACUGACAGUGAGAAACAAACUGAAGAGAGAAUCAAACAGAGUCAGAGUAAAAAGGUCUGGGCAAUGGACCACACAACCAAUGGACACAGUUUUGAAAAUAAUAAACAGGCCAGCCAAGAUCCUGCCAGUAAAUUGUCGGAAAUGGAAAAUCACCAAAUUAAACCUCAAUCUGAUUCCAACCAUAAAGGCGUCUUGGAAAGUGGGAUCCAAACAAAUGCGGUCCACGCUCAUAACAAGGCAAAUAUAAGUCAAGAUGAUACUUCUCCAGCAGGGAAAUACGAUCAUUCAACUGAGAAACAUCAGAUUGAUAGGGAAACGGAUGAUCAAAAGAAGAAUUGGGUGUUUGAGGAAAAUGGCCGACUUGUCAACAAAGUUCGGCUUCAGAAAGAGGGUAUCACAAAGGAAGCACACCAGAAACCAGAGCAGGAACCAACUGGGUUAGUUAUCGCAACUGUCAAGGAGAGCUCUAAUCAAAAUAAGAACAGCAAUUCAGAACUUGACAAUACUUACAAAACUGCAGCCCUUUCACCAGUCAUAGUUACAGUUGGUCCAGAGGAAAGGAGGAUUCAGGAGAAGGAGAGCACUGUUACUGUCCACGCAGAGCCUCUGAGUAGGGCAUCGACCUGCGAAGAGAAAGGUAGACUAUUGCAAAGGGAUAAUUACAAGGGUGACUCCAACUACAGGCACAGGUCCAGGGAACGAAGAGAAAGGAGGUUAUCUCAAAAUGAAACAGAGGUUGAAAAAUCAAGUUGCAGUUACAGUAAUUCGUCUCACAAAGUAGACCAUCAAGAUGGGAGAAUUGAUAAAUAUCAAAGAGAUAAUGACUGUCCAUCUGACAGGCACAGUUACUGCAAUUCAAAGCCACUGCAGUCUUCCCAUCACUCCUAUCAGGAUAAUCUUCACAGAGAGAAAUUCAGCUCUGGUUCCACAGGGAAGUCGUGGAGCAAUCAGUUUGAGUACAAUGGACUGGAAUACAGAGGCGAACGUAAAAGGAAAUGCUGCGACAGCGAGACCGGUGACAGUGAUGGCGAACGGAAAUGGAAACGGUUCUCCCGGGAUUUGCAAUCCGAAGAGAGGAGAAUGAAAAGGCACAGGAAAUCAAAGAAGAGAAAGGAGUCAAAAGACAAACACAAAGAUAGAAAUCAUAGGCAACAUCCGUUGCAUACGUCCGAACUAAGUUCUGGAACUGACGAACGAAAACACAGGAAAAAGAAAAAGAAGAAGAAGAAGAGGAAGCGACAUCACGAUGACAAAGACAGCCAUUACCAAAAAGAUCACCACCAUUCCAGGAAGCACCAGGGUGUGAAAUCGGCCAACGUUACAGGUGACCGGGAGCGCAUCUGUGAAGCAGCCCAAAGCAGCUGCCCUGAAGAUAAGAUGCACAGAUAUAAACCCACGUGCGACGACCGAAUGCAACAGAAAGCUAAAGCUGCACAUGCAGACGACAAGCAGAACGGUCCUCACCUCCACGGCAGAGAGGAAAUAUUGAACGAGCAUAAUGGAGGCAUUAGCAGGCAUCUUCCAGACCAUACUGGAUCCGGAUCGAUUUCCGACCGUCACACUGAGUGGACCAGGACGAGGUUGGAAAACGGCACUGAUUUAUACAGACAUUCAAAACCGGAUAAAGAACACUUACGAGAAAAACACUACUCGCACAGUUACAAGGAAUGCUGUCCCGUAGAUAACAGGAGCAGUUUUUCUGGUGUUAGUUCUUUCAGAGGCUCUACGAGGCGGAAGAGCGAUGAAAAGAGAUGUGUAGAGCAGAAACCUCACUACGCCUGCAUGGAAGGCAAACUUUAAUACCAGAUAUCCACAAAAUGUGACAAAACUUGCCAGAGUUCACACUUUGGGAUCCGCACGCGGUGCUGUAUUCCUCUAAAUUACUGUACAGAACUUUACCAACCGGGUGGAAACACUUUUAGUUUUCUUCUUGGGGAGUUUUUUUAAUUUACACGUUUAGUGAAAAAAAAAUCCAAAAAGGAUUGUUAGUUUCUGUUCCUUGAUGAACACUGUACAAAUACUGUAUAAAUAGCUGUAAUAUAUAAAUGGUCACCCUGAUUUUUUUUUUUUUUUUUUUUUUAAAUACUCGAAUGCUGCUCACCCACAGACUCAGGUUUGAUAACUACUCGUGUUAUGUGUCAUUUUUAGUGGUUAACUAUCUGGUGCAAACUGGUGCGAAACACAAGGACCAGGAAACGGCUUCUUGGUGUGCAAGAAUAGUGCGUUAGACUGUGAAAUCAUUGGUUUGUUUUAAUAAACCGAGCACUAAAUUUUAUUUCACAAACCCAAAGUUUUUCUUUUCAAGAGCAAAAGCAGUCAAAGAGUAGAAGCAGAACAGUUUAGGCUAAUGAGAGGAAUCUCGACAGUGGCUUAUUUGUACUGGGAUCCUGUCUGAAACUAGAAACUUUUAUAAGUCUUUUCAAAGUUAGAUGGUCUGCAAUACCAAAUUCUGAGCAUUUGUUCCAGUUCUCAAGAUUUUUAAUUUUAAACAUGGUUUGUAUAAUUCUCGUCUUUUAAGUUCACAAAUUAUGAUUUGUGUAUGAAAACAAAAGGGCUUUAGAAUGUAAAUCUUUUUAGUGUUAUUGUUUUAAAAUGUUCCUUGGGGCAAUGCUGUACUGAGAUGUACAUAGAGUAUAUUGUUUAAAAGAAAGAAGUGUAAUUUAAUCUGGACCAUUGAAUUUCUCGCCCUGGUUCGAUCACACAAACUCCCGAUGUGCAUUUACGCUGGGUGUGGUCUACAGCAGGGCAGCAGUUGCCUUUAUAGUGCAUGAGAUGCUUCCAGCCCCCAUUACCAACUACAAGUCACUUUAAAUGUUUCUAACUGCAGACAGAAACGGAUCCUGCCAAUAAAUAGUAGAAUUGAGACACACUCAAACUGUGACACCAGCUACAUCAACUAUGGUCCUGUAUCAGGAAAACAAGUUAAAAUAAAAAUGUAAUCUGUGUGAUUCUUACAGGAAAGUGUGCGUGCGUGCGUGGGGGGGGGUGUGUGUGUGUGUGCGCGCGUGGUUCAGGGCUGUACUGAAGUGUGUUUAACUUUAAUUGGGUUGGUCGAGAGAUGGAUAAAUCACCUGCCCACAUUGUACCGUAGCAUGUGAAAUUUGUAGAAUGUAAAACAAGUAAAGCUGAAAGAACUGUAUAUAAUACAA